CUCAAGAGUAUACGUAGAGACUUGGCCUAGCUUGCCUGCGUUGUUCCUGAUCGAAUACAGAACCACCACAGUGCAGAGACAGACAUCAGACAUGGCUGCCUCCAGAUUCCACAUCGCCUGCGCUCUCCUCCUCUUUGGUGCUGUGCUACUGGGGCAAGACGGGAAGGCCGGCAUGGAGGCAGUGGCUUGCCCUCAGUACUGUCUGGAAGUGGAGUACACGACCUGCCCGUCCUCCGGAUCCGAGAAGCUCCCGGCGAGGUGCAACUGCUGCAUGGCGCCCAAAGGAUGCACGCUUCAUCUCUCCGAUGGGACCAAGCAAACUUGCCGUUGAGCCCAAGUUAUGUAACUUCUGCCUGUAGACUACUGCCUCUAGCUAGUCAAGGCAGUAACCUAUCUGAACAAACCUGCUGGUUUGUCAAAUAAAGCAUGGCAUGCAAGUAAUUAUGACAUAUAGGAGUAAUCAAGAACGGGCAUACAGUUAUUACCUUCCGGCGGCUUCCAUAUUUUCAGUGUGUAUGUUCUUCCUUGCUGAUUAGGUUCCCAAGAGUAGACUGGUUUCUAAUUCCGGUUUCGGAAAUAUUUCGGCCACGACUGAAAUCACUGAAAUUUAGUGAAUUUUAGUAAUUUCGGUUUU